CCAAUCUGAAAAAACACCUAGAAUCUGCUAAAUGUGAUUUGGACAAAUUCAUACGUGUUAUUGAAAAAGUUGUACAAUCACAAGAAACCGCUAUCAAAGAAACUUUCCCACGCUGCAUAAUCACUUAUAUGCCAAGGUUUAAGGAUCAGAUAUUCGAAGUACUGCGAAAACGUGUUUCAGUGCAUGCUAUGGAUAAAAUAUUGGAAGAGCUUCAUCGGUCAAAAAGAUUUGUACCAACUCCUGAGAAUUGUGGAUGUCAAUUGCGGACAUGUUUUGGAUUACCAUGUGCUCACGAACUUGUGAUGUAUGUCGGUACAGGUUCACCUAUUCCAUUAGAUUCGGUUGAUGCUUUUUGGAGAAAGCUUGAUUUGACGCCUUCUAUAUCUGUGGAAUAUGGUGAUCUUAAUGUUGAUCAUCGUAUGCAAAGGUUUAAAGAGAUAUACAACAAUCAACCAGAUCAUAUCAAAUAUAAUUAUUUAAGGAUAAUGGAGGAGAUAACUGAUCCAUCAACAAAUUUGAUCAAUGAACCUUCGGUUAAGAAAAAUAACCGUGGACGCCCAAAAAUAAAGCGUGACCAACAUCAAAGUCAAGCUCAUCACAGAUACAGUUGUUCAGACUUAAACCAGGAGCUACCAUGGUAUAGUUCAUCCUUUAUGGACUUGAACGAUGAUCCGGCCAGACAUAGUUCAUUCGUCAUGGGUUCGUACGAGGAACCAAUAGGCCAAUGUUCAUACAACAUAAACUUAAACGAGGAACCAAUAGAUACCUUGCCUGUAUCCUUUACCAAUCUCACCCAAUUAGAAUACAUUGACCUUUCUGGUAACAAUCUCAGCGGAAACCUCCCAUCUCAGUUGUGGAGUCUCAAGAACUUGAGGUUUCUGGAUCUUAGCUACAAUCAGUUGACAUGUCCAAUCCUUCAAUCUUUUAAUUACAUGUUCAAUAUCACCCGAUUCGAACACCUUGACCUUUCCUGUAACAGUUUCAUUGGUACCCUGCCAUCUCAGUUGGGGAGGCUCAAAAAUUUAGAAUUUCUGGAUCUUAGCCGAAAUCGGUUAACCAGUCGAAUCCAUCCGUCUUUUGGUUCCAUGAUCAAACUCAAAUUCGUAGACUCUCUUACCUUGAUUUUUCAUCAAACCGUUUGUCGGGGAAUGUAUCCUUUCAAAAUUGGCUUUCUAUGCAACACCUCCAAAAAACACAAAUCCAUCCUCCGUUUGGACAUUCUUUUUCCCAUGAUUGUUGGAUUUUGUUUUUUAGUGAUUGGUUACCGUCGUAAAAAGGCUACCACAGAGAAAAAUCAACCAGAAAUAGAAAAACAUGGAGAUGUGUGCUCAAUAUUAAAUUAUGAUGGGACACUUGCAUUCGAAGACUUCAUCAAGGCAACAGAGGACUUCGACCUCAAAUAUUGCAUUGGAAUCGGAUGCUAUGGAAGUGUUUAUGAAGCGAAACUGCCUAACGGUAAAACAUUUGCUUUGAAGAAACUCCAUCGGUUUGAAGCCAAGCAACCAGCAUUUGACAAGAGUUUCAAGAACGAGAUCCAAGUCUUAACCAACCUAAGGCACAAAAACAUUGUGAAACUCUAUGGCUUUUGUUUGCAUAGCCAAUGCAACUUCCUUAUAUAUGAAUACAUGGAAAAAGGGAGCCUAUUUUGUGCAUUGAAUAACAAUGAAUUCGCUGUCAUAUUGGAUUGGAAGACAGGGUAA